CGACUUCAAGGAAUUGAUUCAGUGAGCAGACAGAGCGCCACACGGAAUUGAUUCAGUGAGCAGACAGAGCGCCUGUCUGUGUGGCGGGAGCGGCACUGCAGAGGAUAUACACAUGCUGCGUGUUGUUUUUCCUUCAGCGCGCCAACACCCCGGGAGAAGUCACAACAAAUAGUCAAAACAAAUACGUUUUAGAUAGUUAUUACAGUAAUAUAAGGGCAUACUCAAGAAAGAUGAGUCACGAAUGAGGUCUGCAGGAUGUCGUUUACGGUAAUCUCCACAUUUUCCUGAUUUUCUGCAUAGGCUACUCUAACCAAGUUUGAAAUGAAAAGAGAGAAGCCUAAUCUACUCACUACGAAUGUUAACUUUCUUUGCGGCCAUCGCUCCUAAUGUGUGUUAUGAAUAAGCCUACGAUGACGAAAAUGCGCGUGUAAUAUGCAGGGGGCUUGCGCGCAAUAAUUAUGUAUUUAUGGAAAUUAGAUAUGCUGCUUGACCUUCAGUUAGUGGUAAUGGUCUUUCCGGACAGAGUCCUACCCUUAUGACCUUACUAAAAUCAGGUUGUCAUGUCACUAGAGUAGAGAGACAGGUGUUGAGGUAGUUCAUCAUCAUCUGGCCAUGAGCAGCCUACCACAGCAGAUCAUGCCCCACCCACGUGCAAUAUUUGGAAAUAUCCACCAAAAAUGAGUAUGUCCACAUUUGUAUUAACUUUGACAUUUUGAACUGUUUGGCCCCAGUCAAUCUUACUGUUAUUGCAGUAGAGUAUUCCAUACUUCUUAUCUUUCUAACCAUAUAACUGGACUUAGUCAUGAUUCCUCAUUAGUAUUAUUUGAUUGACACAUGAUACAAUGUAUUAUUUUGUCUUGUCUGUGUUAGGUUUACCCAGAUUUAUUUGGACCAACGUUGGUGGGUGGGAGCUAGACUGUUAGAGACCACACACAACCAGACCAGAGACUAUACAACCACACCAUACCCAAUGCAAGAGCAUAAUCAAUGUGCAAAGAGCCUCUGUCCAUAUUUAUUGAUAUUGAUUGUGAACAGGAAGAGCCUGACUGCAACUCAUUUGAAAUGGUUAUGUCUAUAACCUCAAUUGUCUGAUCAAUACUAAACAAAUUGCAUGCCAAAUUUGGAAUUCUGAGAUGAUACUGUCGAUCUGUUGUCUUUUAGUCUGGUUAUAGGUCUGUUAUCUGACACUAAUGUCAAGUCGAUGUUGUAUCGUGUGUUUGCAGAAGGAGACGCCCCUGGCUAACGCCGUGUUUUGGGCAGCUCGUAAGGGGAAUUUGGCCCUGCUUCAAUUACUGCUCAACAGUGGCCGUGUGGAUGUCGACUGCGGAGACAGUGUACGGACGCUGCAUGCCCUGGUGGCUCAGCUGCACGCUUUACCCAUAAACCACCUGUGGUAGGAGAGAAAGAGAGAGCUACAACCCUUCUGUCUGUCUCUCUGUGUGUGUGGAUGUACAGUCGUGGUCGAAAGUUUUGAGAAUUACACAAAUAUUAAUUUUCACAAAGUCUGCUGCCUCAGUUUUUAUGAUGGCAAUUUGCAUAUAUUUUUUAACAUUUUAGUCAUUUAGCAGACGCUCUUAUCCAGAGCGACUUACAGUUUAGUGAAUACAUAUUUAUUUUUUAUACUGGCCCCCCGUGGGAAUCGAACCCACAACCCUGGCGUUGCAAACGCCAUGCUCUAUCAACUGAGCUACAUCCCUGCCGGCCAUUCCCUCCCCUACCCUGGACGACGCUGGGCCAAUUGUGCACCGCCCAUGAGACUCCCGGUCGCGGCCGGCUGCGACAGAGCCUGGAUUCGAACCAGGAUCUCUAGUGGCACAGUUAGCACUGCGAUGCAGUGCCUUAGACCACUGCGCCACUACAAACAUAUACUCCAGAAUGUUAUGAAGAGUGAUCAGAUGAAUUGCAAUUAAUUGCAAAGUCCCUCUUUGCCAUGAAAAUGAACUUAAUCCCCCAAAUACAUUUCCACUGCAUUUCAGCCCUGCCACAAAAUGACCAGCUGACAUCAUGUCAGUGAUUCUCUCGUUAACACAGGUGAGAGUCUUAACGAGGACAAGGCUGGAGAUCACUCUGUCAUGCUGAUUGAGUUAGAAUAACAGACUGGAAACUUUAAAAGGAGGGAUGUGCUUGAAAUAAUUGUUCUUCCUCUGUUAACCAUGGUUACCUGCAAGGAAACACAUGCCGUCAUCAUUGCUUUGCACAAAAAGGGAAGGAUAUUGCUUGUAGUAAGAUUGCACCUAAAUCAACCAUUUAUCGGAUCAUCAAGAACUUCAAGGGUUGAGUUUCAAUUCCAAGAAAGUCCAGCAAGCGCCAGGACCUACUCCUAAAGUUGAUUCAGCUGCGGGAUCGGGGCACCACCAGUGCAGAGCUUGCUCAGGAAUGGCAGCAGGCAGGUGUGAGUGCAUCUGCACGCACAGUGAGGAGAAGACUUUCGGAGGAUGGCCUGGUGUCAAGAAGGGCAGCGAGGAAGCCACUUCUCUCCAGGAAAAACAUCAGGGACAGACUGAUAUUGUGCAAAAGGUACAGGGAUUGGACUGCUGAGGACUGGGGUAAAGUCAUUUUCUCUGAUGAAUCCCCUUUCCGAUUGUUUGGGGAAUCCGGAAAAAGCUUGUCCGGAGAAGACAAGGUGAGCGCUACCAUCAGUCCUGUGUCAUGCCAACAGUAAAGCAUCCUGAGACCAUUCAUGUGUGGGGUUGCUUCUCAGCCAAGGGAGUGGGCUCACUCACAAUUUUGCCUAAGAACACAGCCAUGAAUAAAGAAUGGUACCAACACAUCCUCAGAGAGCAACUUCUCCCAACCAUCCAAGAACAGUUUGGUGAUGAACAAUGCCUUUUCCAGCAUGAUGGAGCACUUUGCCAUAAGGCAAAAGUGAUAACUAAGUGGCUCUGGGAACAAAACAUCGACAUUUUGGGUCCAUGGCCAGGAAACUCCCCAGACCUUAAUCCCAUUGAGAACUUGUGGUCAAUCCUCAAGAGGUGGGUGGACAAACAAAAACCCACAAAUUCUAACAAACUCCAAGCAUUGAUUAUGCAAGAAUGGGCUGCCAUCAGUCAGGAUGUGGCCCAGAAGUUAAUUGACAGCAUGCCAGGGCGGAUUGCAGAGGUCUUGAAAAAGAUGGGUCAACACUGCAAAUAUUGACUCUUUGCAUAAACUUAAUGUAAUUGUCAAUAAAAGCCUUUGACACUUAUGGAAUGCUUGUAAUUAUACUUCAGUAUACCAUAGUAACAUCUGACAGAAAUAUCUAAAAACACUGAAGCAGCAAACUUUGUGAAGACCAAUACUUGUGUCAUUCUCAAAACUUUUGACCACGACUGUAUAUAUGUCUUAAUAAUGUUUUUGUAAGUCCACUCAUGUGCUUGCAGUUUCCAUGUGUGUCACAUCUAAUUGUUUAUUGUUUGUGGUAUUUGAAAUGUAAUGUUUUGUUCAGCUACGUUUCAGCAACUUUCUCUAGAGAUUAUGGCAUGUGAAUGAUUGGAAGGAGCAUCAGGCAAGAAGUGUUAUUUUGGAGGGGUGUGUGUGCAAUUAGAUUGUCUGGAGGAGAACCAAAACACUUCCAACACUUUAAAAAACAUGUACACCUCCAUGUUUCUAUCCUGUGCUAUCCUAAUGACAUGUAAAAAAGGAUCUGACUGGACUUAAGGACUGAGGUGUUGAUUGAUUGGGAUGCCUUGAUCUCUUUCCAGUUUGGCACCACAGCCCUGAUGGUGGCGUCCUACAGCGGCAACUAUGACUGUGCCAGGGAGCUGAUCAUGCAGGGAGCUGACAUUAACCUGCAGAGAGAGGUACGGUAGAUGACCACUUUACUACACCUUGCUGUCAUUGUAAGACUUACCUCGGUUUUAGUGCUGCUCGUUGAUAAACACUUUUCCAUAGAGUACAGUACGGUGACUGAAACGGUCGUUGCAUUAUUGAUGUUGCUUUGAGACAAAUGUGGUCAAAGUAGAAAACAAUAAGUAGUAAAGAUGUUUGAAGCAUUGAGAAAAUGUGUACCGGUAUGUCCAUUUAAGGUCUUUCUGACAUUUAAUGUGUGUUUCUACCCUCAGACAGGCUCCACUGCCCUCUUCUUCGCUUCCCAGCAGGGACACAGUGAAGUAGUGAAGCUCCUCUUUGAAUUUGGUGGCUCAACUGAAUUCCAGACAAAGGUAUGCUGUGUCACCUACUUGGAGACAGUGAGAGAGAGUCAGAGGACAUCAGGGGGAGACAGACAGAAUAUGCUGACAGCAGUGAUCCAGAGUGUUUGAUGCCUGCUGUGUAAAGUCAUAUUCCAUUGGCCAGUCACUCCAGGAUAUGUGGCUAAUCUGUAUUCUCAUGGUUUGGCAGGACGGUGGCACAGCCCUCUCUGCAGCCUGUCAGUAUGGCCACUCUAAGGUGGUGGACACUCUGCUAAAGAACGGAGCCAAUGUUCAUGACCAGCUGCAUGUGAGCAUCCCUAACACCUAUCUCACACACACUGUCUGUUCUUUUCCACCCUCCUGCUGCCCUGCAGAACCCCACUGACAAUGUCCACUGCUGUAGUCCACAAAACAACAAAAUGACACUGGCAAACCCUCUCAUGUUACCGCUGAGUCAGACAUGAGAUGCAUUUUGUUUUAUGCACUGUUAGGGCUGGGCGAUAUAGUCAAAAUUUCACAUCACAAUAUUUUCUAAAUGUUUGAUGGUAUUUGAGGUUACAUUUAGCUAGCUAGCUAGCUGGCUAGUAAGCCAGCUAAUUAGCGAUUAGCAUUAGUGGCUAACACAAUUUAUUUUAGCCACAACUUGCAAAGAAAAUACGAACUAGCUGUUUGCAGACAGUAAGAUACACAAACUAACAGUGUAAUUAUAGAACACUUGUGGAUUUAUACUAAGAAGUGGAAAGCAGCAUCAUUGUCACCAACAUCUUGUUGCAUCUGCAACAUUGACCAUGCAGACUGUCACUGUAAGUGCAAGUGGUUGUGGCCAGUGUUGCCAACUUAGCAACUUUGUCGCUAUAUUUAGCGAGUUUUCAGACCCCUCUAGCAACACAUUUUCAAAAAAGCGACUAGCGACAAAUCCAGCUACUUUUUCUGGUGUUAUUGGAGACUUUUGGAGACUCUGACGUGAAAGCACAUAUCAUUCUUACUCUUCUCAACGAGCAGCGGGUGCUUUGUUACCCCCAUCCCAAAGCACUCACUGGCGGCCCAGUUCUCGCGCAGCAGUCGCUCCCAGCUGCAGUCAGAGCAGAAGAUGUCCAAACUGCAAAUGAAUUGCGCAUGUGGGAAGCCGCUGCUGGCUGAUCCCGCCCUUGUAAAUGUAUGGUGUUCUUUACUCACUUUUUGUCUCUCCCACGACGUUAUUCAUCUCUCCUACAGCGUCCAUCCCAAUGACAUGCACAUGGCCAAUUAUGCAAAUUAGGUGAUGAUGUCAUUUAGUGACUUAUAGGACAGCCAAUAGCUACUUUCCUUACUGAGGAGUUGGCAACACUGGUUGUGGCUCAAGGUUGAGUGACAGGGGGCAGGGCUUGGUGUGUGUACAUUUGCUCUCCUUGAGUGACAGGGGGUGGGGCUUGGUGUGUGUGGAAGGAGAGAGGGAGAGAGAAGACUCAAGUAGCAAAACGGAGUACACUAUAAAAACUGAUAUUACACACGGCAUAGUGGCGUAUCACAUUUAACAAAUACCGUUAUACAAGGUAAAGUCAAAACCCAAACCGGUCCAUGCAUCAAUACCGGUAUAUAGUAAACUACGGUACACCGGCCAGCCCUAUGCACUGCAUAGAAGUGUUAAGUUGCAUCAAUUCAAAUCUGGUAUUAGGAACAAAAGAGGUCAAUACACGUCUUCUAAAUAGACUAGUAUUUUAAUUAAUGCAAAACCUUCAAUGGUAAAUAUGACGUUCGUAUAUACGGGCUCCCUGAAAUACCUCGCAGGGCAGACAGAGAACUAAUCCAUUGUUUCAGAUUGUUCUUCAAAUACUCUUGACAGUUCUCAGUUCCCGCUCUCUACUGGCCAAUCAGAGUAGACGCUGAGCGUGGUUUAGACUUACUCAGCCAAUCCGUUGGCGCACAGGCUAGUCCCAGGCCCUUGGCGCAUCCCUGUUACCAGGCAUACGUUUUUAUCAUAACAACCUGUCAUGGUGAGAAGAGCCAGCUCCCCUAGACACCAUUCCUACGUCCAAGGAUGGUUCACAGACAACGGUUCACAGACAACAAAGAGGCAGUGUUCGUAUCUGUAAGAAAUACAAGUCUUAUCUGUCCUUCCCCCUAACGUUCUUACAUGAAUCACAGCCUGUUAUGUGAAACAAUUUAUAUCAGUAUAGUACAAACCUAUGCUUAUCAUUAAUGCAUUCCUUCUAAGCUAUUCAUCCCAUACAGAUCCAAUUAUUAGAAAAUAGAACCCCACAGAAGGAAUUUGACUACUAUGUUAUAUGUUUGUAUGAAAAUAAUAGUAAGGCUUAUAUUCAUUUCAACACAGUAGUGAUUCUCUGCUCACUAUUAGUUCUGAUAUUGCUGAUUGACAAUAGUGUGUUUUGUGCUUCAUCAAAAUAUCAGCCACUGUGUCUCUCCUUUCUAUAAGGCAGAUAGCCCAUCUAUGACCAAGUGUUAUUAGUCGUAUGUAUGGGAUACGCAUGGUAUACAUCGUCCAAUGAAAUGCUUACUUCCAGGUUCCUUCUAGACAAUACAACAACAAUAAGAAAUAAUAAAAUAUAAGAAUACGAACAUAAAGUAAAUGGCAGUAGAAUUUAUAAUAAACAUUUGAGCAUAAGUAUAAUACAGGAAGACACAAUUUAUAGUCAUACAUUGUCAUACAUAGGAUCUGUUGUUACUAUUCAUAGGACAAGCCAUACAGUGCAUCGCUUUGUCAUGCAGUUGUUUUGCUGAUGUGACAUGUUUCUAAUAUCAUGUUUCAGGAUGGUGCCACUCCACUCUUCCUUGCUUCCCAGGAGGGUCAUGUGACUGUCAUACGUCAACUUCUGUCAUCUGGAGCCAAAGUUAACCACCCUAGAGAAGUGAGGCCACACUCCCAUACAAUAAUAGAGGACCUCAAUAGAGGGACUCACAACUUCAUCUCUCCCUCUUCCUCCUUUUAUUUGAUCUCCAUUUCACUUUUCUCCCCUUCUCUUUCUCCUCACCCCCCUCACUCCCCAACCCCACUCUCCAGGAUGGCACAGCCCCCCUGUGGAUGGCAGCCCAGAUGGGACACAUUGAAGUAGUUAAGGUUUUACUUCUGCGUGGUGCAGAUCGGGAUGUUGACAGAAAAGUAUGUUGUCCUUUAGCAACCCUGUCGGUACCCAGUGGGUUGACAAAGACAAGAUGAUUGUCCUCCAUCAUGUGGUCAUCUUUCAAAUCCUCUUUCGGGGCUUACGCAUAUGGAAAAUACAUUUAAAAAAUACAUUAAUAUAUUGAAUCAAAUCAUUUAUUUAAAUGCAUUUCUUUGUGUAAGGCUUAUUAUAUAUUGAAUGGAGUUUUAAAAUGUAAAUGUAUCAUGUUUCUUUUGAUCUCAUUGAAGGAUGGGUCAACUGCAUUAUUCAAGGCAGCUUUCAAAGGACACAACAGUGUCAUUGAGGAGCUCCUCAAGUUCUCCCCUUCAAUGGGCCUUCUCAAGGUAAGAUAGAUAGACAGUGAUGCUUUCUCUUUGUCGUCUCCUGACUCUGGCCAUGAGUAUUUUUAUUCAAAAGUAUAUUGUGAAACAUUUGCAGUAUUUUAGUGAUAAGAAACCGCUGUUAGUUACAAGUGUCUUAACUGUUACAUUUUUCCAGAAUGGUUCCACAGCCCUCCACGCUGCUGUCAUGGGUGGCAAUCAUAAAAGUGUAAACCUUCUGCUCGGGGAAAAUGCAGACCCCACACUACCCAACAAGGUAAAUCACUGUAGUGUGAACUAGGGGUAAGAAGGAAAGCAGAGGAGAAGGAUGCAUUUCAGGACAUCUUUCAGGAGGAUCAUUUUGUCAUGACUGGUUAUGUUUUCUUUGCAGAACAAUGAACUGCCAGCAGAUCUUACAAAGAGCGAUCGCAUCCUGAGGGCUCUGCGACCGCAAAUCUUAAAUGGAAGUAGUUGAUGACAACCCUAGUUGUCCAUGGUUAGACCAUGACUGCAAACCUUAGACUAUGGUUGUUUUAUGGAGAGAAAUGCACUGAGGGCUCCGAACAACAGAAAACAAACCAACAGGAUUCAGUCACACUCAACAACAAUAUUAAUAUGGUGCUUGCUUUCAAUUGCAGCUUCAGACAAUGUUAUUUGGAGUAACCAUAACUGGACAUAGCUAAGAGAAUGGUUCAAUAUGUAGCCUACUACAAAAAUGCAUCCGUUUGUGGCAAUAGUUAUUUUGCCAUGUGCAUCCUUACCUUUAAGGUGUUGUUAUAACUUUGCUGUAUAGUUUCUGUUUCUAUAAUGUUUUAUCCCUGGUGCUGUAAUAUUUCUAAAUAUUUUGCUUUUUUUUUCUGCCAUUUUAAUAAAUGUAAACUGUAAAUUUGUUAAAUAAAAUAUGUGAAAUAACUCAUAUUUUG